GCCCCCGCCGAGACCCCUACCCUGGCCCCACGGGCGGACACUCGGCCGGGCAGUCGCGGGCCGAGCGCACCUCCGCCGCCGAUGUGCCUGGUGGCCAGACUCCAAGUGGGACCGGCGGACGCGCUGCCUCGCGUGUCAGCAGAAGCUGAUGGAGACUCAAGCUCUAGACCCAGGGACUCCGGAAGCCUAUGGUCCCACCAGCCACCUCCCUAACAAGGGGACCCUGUCUAAGACCAAAAAGAACUUCAAAGACUUGAUGUCCAAGCUGACGGAAGGACAGUAUGUGCUAUGCCGGUGGACAGAUGGGCUGUACUACCUUGGCAAGAUCAAGAAGGUCAGCAGUCCUAAGCAAAGCUGCCUUGUGACUUUUGAGGAUAAUUCCAAAUACUGGGUCCUGUGGAAGGAUAUACAGCACGCCGGUGUUCCGGGAGAGGAGCCCAAGUGUGACAUCUGCCUGGGGAAGACGUCAGGGCCCAUGAAUGAGAUUCUCAUCUGUGGCAAGUGUGGCCUGGGUUACCACCAGCAGUGCCACAUCCCCAUUGCAGGCAGUGCCAACCGACCCCUCCUCACUCCAUGGUUCUGCCGACGCUGCAUCUUUGCACUGGCUGUGAGGAAAGGCGGCGCUCUGAAGAAAGGCGCCAUCGCCAGGACGUUGCAGGCUGUGAAGAUGGUGUUGUCCUACCAGCCCGAGGAGCUCGAGUGGGACUCGCCCCAUCGCACCAAUCAGCAGCAAUGCUACUGCUACUGUGGCGGGCCUGGAGAGUGGUACCUGCGGAUGCUGCAGUGCUACCAGUGUAGGCAGUGGUUUCAUGAAGCUUGCACCCAGUGCCUCAAUGAGCCUAUGAUGUUUGGAGACCGGUUCUACCUGUUUCUGUGCUCCGUGUGUAACCAAGGCCCAGAGUAUAUCGAGAGGCUGCCCCUGCGAUGGGUGGACAUAGUUCACCUGGCCCUCUAUAACCUGGGAGUACAAAGCAAGAAGAAGUAUUUUGACUUUGAGGAGAUUCUGGCCUUUGUCAAUCACCACUGGGAGCUCCUGCAGCUUGGCAAGCUCACCAGCACCCCUGUGACAGAUCGAGGACCACAUCUCCUCAAUGCUCUCAACAGUUACAAAAGUCGGUUCCUGUGUGGCAAGGAGAUUAAGAAAAAGAAGUGCAUCUUCCGCCUUCGCAUCCGUGUCCCACCCACUCCUCCAGGAAAGCUGCUUCCCGACAGGGGGCUGAUGCCAAGUGAGAGAGGGACCUCUGAGCUGCUUCGUAAGAGAGGAAAGAACAAGCCUGGUUUGCUGCCUCAUGAACCCCAGCAGCAGAAAAGGCGAGUUUAUAGAAGAAAAAGAGCAAAGUUUUUGCUGGAAGAUGCUAUUCCCAGUAGUGACUUCACUUCUGCCUGGAGCACCAACCACCACCUGGCCAGUAUAUUCGACUUCACGCUGGAUGAAAUUCAGAGUUUAAAAAGUACCAGCUCAAGCCAGACAGUCUUCUCAGACGUGGACUCCACGGAUGCUGCCAGCACCUCCGGCUCUGCCUCCACCAGCCUCUCUUAUGACUCCAGAUGGACAGUAGGCAGCCGCAAGAGGAAGCUGGCAGCCAAAGCAUACGUGCCCCUGCGGGCAAAGCGUCAGGCGGCUGAGCUGGAUGGACGCUGCCCCUCAGACAGCAGUGCAGAGGGAGCUCUGGGCCCUGAGCAGCCAGAUGAAGGCAUUGACAGACACACGUUGGAAAGCAUCAGUGAAGAUGACUCCUCCUUGUCUCACCUCAAGUCAUCUAUCACCAACUACUUUGGUGCAGCUGGACGGCUGGCCUGUGGGGAGAAAUAUCAAGUGUUGGCUCGGAGGGUCACACCAGAGGGCAAAGUUCAGUACCUGUUGGAAUGGGAAGGGACUACCCCUUACUGAUUACCCCUCAGGAGCUACCUAGACCCCUGGAAACCAAAGGAGGGACAGAAGAAGCCAUCGGCUCCCUGUUUUCUCCAGGCCAGGGUGGUGGAGGGAAGCAGAGCAGGGCCAUAAGGGCCUGGCUAUAGCUCCUGCCUGCUGCCCGCCAGGCCAAGGCCUGUGUGCUGCUGUACCGAUUGCCUGUGUCUCUAGACCCCGCUGACUUUCUCAUGCCCCUCGAACUGUUUGUUAGUUCCUCUGGCUCCAUGGUACCCUGGAUGUGACCCUUGGUGAUCCUGAGGCCUGAAUCUGAUUGUCAUUGUCCCCAGUUCUCUAUCUUUUUACCUCACCCCUUUUGGGUAUUUUGUGUUGUCACACAUCUUCUAUGUGCACAUGUACGUCUGUCCUUCUCUGGGUUCUCACUGGGACCACACUGAGAGAAAGGAACCCCUGAGGGUCUUCCACUUUCUCACCAACACCCCUAAUGCCAGGAAGGUGUCUGAGAAAAUUUGGAAUGCCUGGGACCCAGAGCCUGGGGAGUGAUGAGCUGGGUCUCUGCUGAAGGGACCAGGAUCAGGGUCUUUUACUGAGGCUCAGAGGGAAGACUAUAGGGUCCCAGAAGUUUGUUCCAGCAAUAACCCUUCUCUGUUGUCAUGGAGUGGAGCCUGGCCUUGUUCUUAAACACUUAGAUCUCAAAAGAAAUGAUGGGGAGCCAAGCCAGGUCAGUUUAAAUCCCAGACCCAUCAUAGUCCAACACCACACCACUGUAUGGACACACACACACACACACACACAGAGAGACACACACACACACACACACACACAGUCACAUUCCCUCUGGGCACCCUGGCUCCUGUCCUUGACCUCUUCCAGGGAUACAUGCUGCUGGGAUACAUGCUGCAAUUAAAUGUGAAAAACAAACUCCUACCCCCUCUGGCUGUAAACCAGCCUUGACCCCCACAGAGAAGCACAAAAGACACCCCUCUCCUGAAUAGCACCUGUCUCACCCUGGAACUGACAAUCACUUUGGGGACAGGCUGGGGUUUUUUCAAGGGCCUGAAUCAUUCCCUCCUUUCAUAAAGGAAGCCUUUGUCCUUGUGGUAUAAAGAGAACCCUUAAAAUGGACAAACAGCCCCAUCUGGAGUGAAAUCAAAAUUAGGAGGUGGGCAAGAAGCCCUUAAUUUGCCUGCAGCAAUAUUAGAACUUGGUUGGAAAGUGGAAAGAAGUGCCUUUGGGGUGGGAGGCAGGGGCACCAGAUUGGGACCAGCCUCCCUGACUGCUGCUGUGGCUUCCAGCUGGGCAGGGUUUUGCAGGCUGCCAGCUGGAAGAAGAAGAUGGCCAGCAUGGGAACAUCAGACCUGUAUUAAGGGGGCUGAUAUUUCCAUGACUAGGCCUGACCCCUCCACACCUGUCUGCAAGCAUUCAGGGGGUCCCAGGAGUAGGUUAGAUGGUCCUUGCCUUAAACCUCAGCAAUUGUAGUGCCUUACAAAGGGACAUCACCUCUCACUCUGGACACAGCCACCCAUUUCCCUCUGCUUCUCUCUCUUGUCUCAGGCAAGCAUGAGCAGAUGGCAUUGGUCCCCGUUCUCAGUCUCACAGCUGCUGCCACUGAGAUCCCCAAGUGGGGCCAGGUCCCAGGCCAGCAGUAGUGUGGGAACUGGGGUCAGAUUUGUGGCUUCCUGUUGGCUUCAGUAAGCAUGCCAACCUCCAACAUCUGCCCUCCAGGCUGCUGAGAGAGCCAGAGAGCAGGCUGGCCAUCUGCCUUUCCCCUGCUGGGCCUGAAGAGCAGGAGAGGAGUGUGCUUGUUCCAUUGGGGAAACCAGCCCAAGGCCUGAGCAGGUCACCUGACCCUCACACUAGCUCUUCACUCCCACAGAUAAUGGCUGCAUUACUGCCAACUGACAGUGUAACCCUGUGCACCUUUGAAAAGAUUUUGGUUUUGAAUUGCUGCUUUGAAUAUUUGUUAUAUUAAAGUUAUAAUUGUUGUCUGGUU